GCUGCGGGAGGGGAGGAGGGAGUGGAGCGGUGGCUGCGCGCUGGGAACCCGGGAGGCCUCUGUCGCGAGGGUGGCGGCGCUGCGCACUCGGAGAGAGAGCUGUGGAAGAAGGCGGAGACCGGUUUCCCCGGGGUUCACAGGUCCACUGAAGAUUCUGUUUUGUAGGCUCACAAGAGCUUCCCGGAUUUGGACUGGAAACAAUGGAGAUUCGGGACUGGAGACAAUGGCGCGAGUGUUGGGGGACAGGAGAGACUAAGAGAGUGUCCUCGGCCUAGCGCCGCGGGGCCUGGCCCAAGGCCCCAGAGACCGCACCCCAGGGAACCGCAGGUGUUGAUUUAGAGCCGAGAUCAGGCGGGCCUGUGCCCACAACCUGCGGCGCCUGAGGCCCGGCCGGGCGAUCCAGCGCCGGGUUUUUUGAUCCGCCGGCAUCUAGAGGCCGCGCCCAGAGCCGCCAGCCCGCAGACCCGACUUGGAGCGCUGUGGGGUCCGUGUGCGUCCCCGCCCUCAUUUCGGUCUCCAAGCCAGCUGGGGACCACUCUGCUUCCGGCGGGCAGCCCUGCGGUAAAGAUCCACAGCACUUGCUCCUCUGGCCUCUAAGUGAGUUGCCUGGAGUCAGUCUCCCUGGAAAACCGACGUUUCGCGGCCCGAAGAGUGACUUUUCGUCCGCAGGAUCCUGCUCUGCCUUCAGAUCGACUUCAGUGACACCUUCUCAGCGAGGCCGCACACUUCCACGCCAUCCGAAUGAACUACCCACUCACUUUCCAUCACAUCACCCCGAUUUAAAGCGCAGUGGGGCACUGAUUUUACUCUCGUGUGUCUUCUGCCUUUGUUUAUUGUCGGUCUUUGGAAUGUCCGCUCCACAGGGGCGGGGCGGUGCUUUUCUGGCGCCUUGCGGGUGUAGCCGCGCUCAGAACCCGGAGGGCCCCCACGUUGGCUGAAGAAGUGAACUCGCUUCCCGGUUCCCGGGAGCGCAGCGGCCGCGGGCACUUCUGGAAGGGGCGGGGCUUGUGUUGGCCCCGCCCCUGCCGCUCUUCCCCCGCCUCUCCCUGAAGUCGUCCGAGGGCUGAGCGGUGCUUUGGGCUCCGGCCUCCCUGGCUCUUUCUGCAGCCGAAGCGAAAACCCGGAACGGCGGAGCGGCGCCGCCCCACGCGGCACCUCCCCGGCAACCCUUAGGCCGCGCUGGGCAUGCUCAGUCAGCAGGGCCGCCUCAGCUCUCGGAGUAGGAAGCUUGGGCGCUCCGACUGUAAGGAGCCGCGGCAGGGGGAUAAUGGAGCCCUUCACCAAUGAUCGACUUCAGCUCCCCAGGAAUAUGAUUGAAAACAGCAUGUUUGAGGAAGAGCCAGAUGUAGUGGACUUAGCCAAAGAGCCUUGUUUACAUCCUCUAGAGCCUGAUGAGGUGGAAUAUGAGCCCCGGGGUUCCCGACUGCUGGUGCGAGGUCUUGGUGAACAUGAGAUGGACGAGGACGAAGAGGAUUAUGAGUCAUCUGCAAAGCUGCUGGGCAUGUCCUUCAUGAACAGAAGCUCAGGACUUCGGAACAGUGCAGCUGGCUAUAGGCAGAAUCCAGAUGGGGCCUGUUCAGUACCCUCUGCAAGGACCUUGGUGGUCUGUGUUUUUGUCAUUGUGGUUGCUGUUUCUGUAAUCAUGGUGAUUUACCUACUGCCUAGGUGUACCUUUACCAAAGAAGGCUGCCAUAAAAAAAACCAGUCAAUGGAACUAAUUAAGCCAGUUGCAACAAAUGGAAAGUUAUUUCCAUGGGCACAAAUUAGGCUUCCCACUGCCAUUAUGCCACAACGCUAUGAACUUCACCUGCACCCAAACCUAACUUCAAUGACUUUCAGGGGUUCUGUGACAAUUUCACUUCUGGCUCUUCAGACCACAUGGAAUAUCAUUCUUCAUAGCACAGGUCAUAAUAUAUCAAGAGUGACUUUUCUGUCAGCAGUUUCAGGUCAAGAAAAAGAAGUUGAAAUCCUGGAAUAUCCAUAUCAUGAACAAAUUGCCAUUGUUGCCCCUGAAGCCCUUUUAGCAGGGCACAAUUAUACCGUGAAGAUAAACUAUUCAGCAAAUAUAUCUAGUUCUUACUAUGGGUUUUAUGGUGUCACCUAUACAGAUGAAAGCAAUGAGAAAAAGUACUUUGCAGCAACUCAGUUUGAACCCCUCGCAGCAAGAUCGGCUUUUCCUUGCUUUGAUGAACCAGCGUUUAAGGCCACAUUUAUCAUCAGGAUCAUAAGAGAUGAGCAAUAUACUGCUUUAUCAAAUAUGCCUAAGAAGUCAUCAGUCUUAAUGGAAGAUGGGGUUGUUCAGGACGAGUUUUGUGAGAGUGUGAAAAUGAGUACUUACCUGGUCGCUUUCAUUGUGGGGGAGAUGAAGAACCUGAGUCAGGAUGUAAAUGGAACCCUGGUUUCUAUAUACGCUGUGCCAGAAAAGAUUGGUCAAGUUCACCAUGCUUUGGAAACAACUGUGAAGCUUCUUGAGUUUUAUCAAAACUAUUUUGAAAUUCAGUACCCACUUAAGAAAUUGGAUUUGGUGGCCAUUCCUGAUUUUGAAGCAGGAGCAAUGGAAAAUUGGGGUUUGCUUACUUUCCGAGAAGAAACUCUUCUAUAUGACAAUAAUACUUCUUCAGUGACAGAUAGAAAACUAGUCACUAAAAUCAUUGCUCAUGAACUGGCCCAUCAGUGGUUUGGCAAUUUAGUAACAAUGCAGUGGUGGAAUGACCUAUGGCUAAAUGAAGGUUUUGCCACUUUCAUGGAGUAUUUCUCUUUGGAAAAAGUAUUCAAAGAACUCUCCAGUUAUGAAGAUUUCUUAGAUGCUCGGUUUAAAACCAUGAAGAAAGAUUCUUUGAAUUCAUCUCAUCCAAUAUCAUCAUCUGUUCAGUCUUCAGAACAAAUUGAAGAGAUGUUUGAUUCUCUUUCCUAUUUUAAGGGAGCUUCUCUCUUGUUGAUGCUAAAAACUUACCUUAGCGAAGAUGUAUUUCAACAUGCUAUCAUUCUUUACCUGCAUAAUUACAGCUAUGCAUCCAUUCAAAGUGAUGAUCUGUGGUAUAGUUUUAAUGAGGUUACAAACAAAACACUAGAUGUAAAGAAAAUAAUGAAAACCUGGACCCUGCAGAAAGGAUUUCCUUUAGUGACUGUUAAAAGGAAAGGAACAAAACUUUUCAUACAGCAAGAGAGAUUCUUUUUAAACAUGAAGCCUGAAAUUCAGCCUUCAGAUACAAGCUACCUGUGGCAUAUUCCAAUAUCCUAUGUCACUGAUGGAAGAAAUUAUUCAAAAUAUCGAUCAGUAUCAUUACUGGACAAGAAAUCAGAUAUCAUCAAUCUUACAGAACAAGUACAGUGGGUCAAAGUCAAUACAAACAUGACUGGCUAUUAUAUUGUACAUUAUGCAGAUGAUGACUGGGCAGCACUAAUCAAACAAUUGAAAACAAAUCCUUAUGUUCUAAGUGACAAAGACCGAGCCAACCUCAUCAACAACAUCUUUGAACUUGCAGGCCUAGGCAAGGUGCCUCUUCAGAGGGCUUUUGAUUUGAUUGAUUAUCUUAGAAAUGAGAACCAUACUGCACCCAUCACUGAAGCUCUGUUCCAGACUGGCCUUAUCUUUAACCUUCUUGAGAAACUAGGGCACAUGGAUCUGGCCUCGAGACUGGUGACUAGAGUAUUUAAAUUGCUUCAAAACCAAAUCCAACAACAAACUUGGACUGACGAGGGUCCCCCAUCUAUGCGAGAGCUUCGGUCCGUCUUGCUAGAAUUUGCUUGUACCCACAGCCUGGAGAACUGCAACACUGAAGCCAUGAAGCUCUUUGAUGAUUGGACAGCAUCCAAUGGAACUCAAAGCCUUCCUACUGAUGUUAUGACUACUGUGUUCAAAGCUGGAGCAAAAACUGAGAAAGGCUGGUCAUUCCUCUUAAGCAAGUACAAAUCUAUCGGCUCUGAAGCAGAGAAGAACAAAAUACUUGAAGCUCUUGCCAGCUCAGAGGAUGUACGGAAACUAUACUGGUUAAUGAAAAGUAGCCUCGAUGGAGAUAUCAUCCGAACACAAAAGUUGUCAUUUAUCAUUAGAACAGUGGGCCGACGUUUUCCUGGACACUUAUUGGCAUGGGAUUUUGUCAAGGAGAACUGGAAUAAGCUUGUACAGAAGUUCCAUCUGGGGUCCUACACCAUACAAAGUAUUGUUGCUGGAUCUACUCACCUGUUUUCAACGAAGGCUCAUUUGUCUGAGGUCCAGGCGUUCUUUGAAAAUCAGUCAGAGUCAACCUUUCGGCUUCGUUGCGUCCAAGAGGCUUUGGAAGUCAUUCAGUUGAAUAUCCAGUGGAUGGAGAAGAAUCUCAAAAAUCUGACGUGGUGGCUGUAGCAUGCACAACUGCACCUUGUUUUGUCACCCAUUUAGAGAGCUUGUGAGUUUGGGCUCUGCUACUUCUGCCAAAGCCAAGGUGAAGCCAGGACUACGGCAGGGUUGUUUGCACUGUUAGGAGUUUUAGUUAGCUCAGGGCCCAAUCGUAUUUUUCAUCUGUCUUUUCUGAAAUGUCUCUAGGCAGUAUGUAGUUAUUUAUUAUAAAAUUAUAUUCAUCUGUAUGCCAACUAUCUACAAAAACAACAAGUAAUUUUUCUACCUUGAAGAUAUAUGGGGAAAAAAACAUUUUGGAAUUCUGUCCUAUUUCUCAGUGUCCAGGAAGUUACUGACACAAUGAAACAAGGAAAGGUCUGCCAUAAGACCCACCGUCUUUGCAUGCUGCUUGUUUGGCAACCCUUUGUUGCUUCUCGUUGACAGACACUUUUGGAACGUGGCUCAGAGCUAGCCUUGAAGAGUAUGAUAAUGAAGAUGGUGACACAUGCAGCUGCAGAGAACUGAUCUGUGUGCAGAUCUAUUUUUGAUUUAGGGUUUUGAGUAAUCCUUUAUUUUCUGAAAAGAGUUUAAAUAAUAUCUCUAUUAUAUUUUUUUCCUGCACAAUAGCUGGGUGCUACAGAAUUUUUAAAAAUUUUAUGUUGUUGUUGAACAGAUAAAUAACCAGGCCAAAAGGUUAAAUUUUCCAAAUAUUAAUACUUUUUUUUCAUUUGUAUAGCAUUAGCAUAGGAAAAUGUUCCAAACUGAGUUAGCUUUAAUUACAAUUAUUUUAUUCAUAAAUGCCAAUAAUCCCCCAAAUCUGUACAUGUCAUCACUUAUGUCCUAGGUAGGCCUUAUGUUUUAGAUAAGUAUUUCUGUGUUUGUGACAAACAUUCUGUUAGCACUGGCAUUUUCCAUUGUGACUUGCAUCACUAGUACUAGGAAUACAAAAUUUGCUUAAGUUGUCUUUUGACCUCACAGAUCAUAGAUACUUUCUCUCUAAAUCACACCUAUGUGUGAAUUUUCAUUUUAUAUGAUACAGUGGCAUAUUAGAAGCAUAUUUUCAAAUAGAGCCUUUGAGAAAUUAAAAAUUUUUAUUUGAAGUUCACCACAAUACCUUAAAAGAAAACAAAGAGAAUGUGGGAUAGGAGUAAAUUAAAUUCAUGUUUAAUAUGGUGGACUUUGAAUUUUUUCCACUAUUAAAAACAGUACCAUACUUUGGUUGAAAAAAAAUCAUAUUUUUUCUUUUACUGUGGCCAAACUAACAUUAAAUGGAGUGGCCAAGGAAAGAAAGAAUGAAAGAAAGAAAAAGAAAGAAAGAAAUCCAAAAUUGUAUGGCAUUUUACUCCUGAAGGAGAAAUACUGUACUUGAACUUUUUGAGCUAUGCAGACUUAACCUAGAUUGUUGUUGUGUUUCCUUGAUAUUAGUAGAGAGUUUUCUUCCUUAACUCUUGAGAACUUUAUAUUUUGUUUGAAAACAGCAUCAAUGUUCAUGAAAACAGGGGUGACUUGUUUGUGAGCACUUCAAACACUCCGCACAGUCAGACAUUGGGAAAGGUCACCUUUUUUUAUUCAGCAGAUAUGAAGUUAGAAUAUGUGGGGUUGUGUACAAAAUUAUAUUUUAUUUUAUGAAAAUAUUUUUAUAUAACAAAUUUAAGGCUGGCAAGCUAAAAGAUAGCCUGCUUUAAUCCUAGUGUGUCUUUCCCCAGUUUAGUCUUUUCUAAACAUUUACCUGUUUUUGAAAAUAUUCUGAGAAUCACAGAAUCAUCUAAAGAUGUCUUAUUGAAACUGAGAUGAUUGUAGAUCUUUAUUACCCUGUACUUUGGUAAAUGAAUGAUAAUUCAGUUGAUAUUAAAAGGUAGUGUGUUUUUGUACUUUCAAAGUGAGGGAAAAAUAAUCUUUUAGGCAGUUUUUUGUUACUGGCAUUUUGCCAUCUUAUAUUACUAAGUUCCACUUAGAUACAGAGUUUAAAGUUUGCUGCUUCCCAAAGUUAGAUUCUUCAGUUUUAUAUCCCCAUCUUCAUAUUGCUCCUAAAAUACAUAUUAACUCUGUAUAUGGCAAAUCUUGUAUUAAAUUAUUUAAUUGUUUUCUGUGAUUGUAUGUGAGGUAUAGGUGGUGGCAUGUUGUUAUAAGUAAAACCUUAUCAAAACACAGACUGAAAAAGAGGUAACUCAUGAUCCAUUACUGUCUUUAUACUCAAAGGUAUUCAUUCCCGUAAUCCUGGAUCCAUAUCAUCUGCAGUUUUAUUUGUAACCCUCACCUCAGUUUUUUUGUCAUGUUAGUAGGCCUCAUCUCUGUUUUUCCCACAGAAUUCCAUAAUUUUUAAUGUUAGGCUAACCCAUUUAUAUGGCACCUCUUAGAAGUAACUCUUAAGUCAGGAAUAUAAGGUUAAAUGAGAGUUAUAACUUAUAGUUAUUAAGUAUAUUGGUAGUUUUCUGAUCUCAGCCCCCCCCCAGUUUUAUGAUAUGCAUUGUAUUUCUUUGAACUCAGAAGCACAGAAGUCAUAGUAUGCUUUCACAUAAGCACACAGCUAUCUGACAUAAUUGAGUACUUGUAUGAGUAUUCAGUUCACUGAAGAGAGAUGAUCUACUUGAAUGUACUAUAAAAGGCACAUCAUACUAAAUUAUUAGGAAAGACAGAAUUGAAAAUCUAGAGUUGUGGAAGGAAAAUGUGUACCUUGGAGAUCUGAAAGGUUGAGAAAAUAGAAAUUAGAGUUCAGUUUGUUUUUUUGAUAUGAAGGAAUUAGACAUAUUAAACUGCAAGUAGUGGCAGCUUCCACCAUAAGCUUAUGCCUUCCUUUGUCUUGUUUUUUAAGUUUCUCUAAAUGAAAUUAUAUUUGUCCUUGUGUCAGUGUUCACAAAAUUACUAUCACAAAUUCUAUUUAACCCUUUUUUUCUGUGUGUGUUUUCAUUUUAUGGGACUUCAGCCACUGUCGCUGUAGGAAUAAAAAUGCUCUCAGAAGAGUCCUGGGUAUAGAGAGCAAAUUGAGCUGCAUCAGUUUUAUUGGGCAACAGUCAGAAUCCUUUCUGAAUAUUGGGAAGUAAGAAGUCAAAAUUAAGUGCUGAAUUGAUUAGAUUACUUGUAGCCUGUUACUGAACUGAAUUUUAAGAGUCACUCAGCUAAAGCAUUGGGACCAUGAUCUGCAAUUAGGCUGCUGAGCAUUUACAUGAGUCCUGUGUGUUUCAUGGGGUGACAGGGAAAGUACAAUGUGUCUCAGAUGUGUCAUAGCCACGGACAGCAGUUCCUGGACUGAGGGCAAAAUUAGACCUGGAUUUUGUUACAUAGGCCUAAGAAUUGGGGUCAUAGGUGUGAUGGAGCUCUUCUCACCUUUGCCUUCAUUACUUUUGUUUUGAUUGGAGUUAGCUCUCUUUAAAAAAAAACAAAAAAACAAAAAAAAAAAAAACUUCUUUCCCUCAACCCUCAUUUACAUUUUAAAAAACUAAGGUAUAUAUUUUUGCUGAGUUUUGCAUCCUUUUAUUUUUUAGCUUCAUUCUCUUCACUAGCAAGUAGGUACCGGUGAAAAGUGGAGGUCCAAAAGUAUGAUAAAUCUCUUCUCCCUUUCCCUGUUGCCUGUAUCGGCAAUAGCUAGUAGAAUGGUUGAUUUUUUAAAUGGUUUUUACUUUUAAGAUAUACAUGUGUGUUUUGUUUUUAUAUUCUUUCAUCUUAGGUCUUGAUGAAAAAUGAAAUACUGCCCUAUGACUCUCUCCUCUUCCCUUAUUGCCUUUGUGACUAUAGCUACAGAGUAAUUAUAUGCUUUCUGUUUUUGAAAGGAGAUGGUAGUGCUGGAAGGAAUGCAGAGUAACUUCUUUUUAAAAAGUAUGAACAAAUGAGCUAGGUGCAGUGGCACAUACCUGCAAUCCCAGCAAUUCAGGAGGCAGAGGCAGGAGGCUUGCAAGUUCAGGUGAGCCUGGGCAACUUAGUGAAACCCUGUCUCAAAAUAAAAAAAAUUUGAAAGGACUGGGAGCAUAGCUAAGUGGUAGAGCACCCCUGGUUUCAAUUCCCAGUAUCCCCUCCCCAAAUAAGUGUGUACAAAUGUUUUCGCUACGAUUUUGUGUUGUUUCAUUUUGCACUUCAUUCUUUUUCAUGGGCAUGUCUAUAAACCGUGGAGGUCCACAAGUAUGACAUUGUCCCAUUUACCUCUCUUAUUGCCUGCGUGGAUAAUAGCAGAGUGGUCAUAGUGGCUGUUGCUUGGAUCUAGUCUUAGGGACUAUAGUUCUUUCAAGUGUAUAUAGAUGUUAUGCUGCUUCUUAUGCUUCAUCUUAUACUUCUUUGCAUGAUUACAUAUAUGCUUAAUGAAAAUUGAGGUUCAGAGUAUAACAAAUCUCCUGCUUGCCCUUUUCCUUUUUGUCUUCUUAGGCAAUAACUAAUGGAGUACUUUGUUGUGUUGGGGGUGUGGGAGAGUGGGAUUUGCACUCAAGUGUAUAUAAAUGUGCUUGCUACUACAAGGUGUUACGAAUUCAUUUUGUACUGUGUCCUUCUCAUGGAUGUGAAAGUACCUAGUGAAACAUGGAGGUCCAGACGUGUUAUCAGUUGCCUCUUCUCUCCACCCCUUAUGCCUGUUGGACAGCAGCUAGAGUAGUUGUGGAGUGAGAUAUUUGGAGGGUGGGGGAGAGAGGAAGUGUAUUUAGUGUAUAUAUGUGUUCUUACUACUAUCUUGUAUUAAUUCAUUGGGUAACCAGACUGGAAGGUACUUAAUGAACCAUGGAGUUCCAGAUGUAUAACAAUCUCCUCUUCUCCCUUUCCCUUAUUGCCUAUGUGGGCAAUACUUUUUAGAGCAGUUUGAGUUUUUUGAAAGUUUUUAUGCUAGAGGAGAGAAAGUGAUUUUAGGGUUAAGGUAUAUCAUUUAAACAUGUAUAUAAAUGCUUUUGCUGCUAUUUUUUUUUUAUUUAUUUACUUCAUUUCCUACUCUUUCCUUUGUGUGAAUAUAUGAAGAAAGUUGAGGAUUUUUCCAUGACAAAUCUGCUCUUCUCCUCCAAUGUCUUGCCUGUGUGGCAGUGCCUUGUAGAGUAGGCAGUUAGUUGCAGGGCUUCUGUAGGUACUGGAGCAUAUACUUUUUAAAUGUAUAUACAUGUUUUUACUUCUUUAUUGCAGUAUUUCUCUGGGUCCCAGUCCUUCACUUGGACAUGUGAGGUUCCCGGUGAAACCGCAGUUUCUCUCCUCUUCUACUUUUUCCUCUUUUCCUUUUUAUCUAUGCGGGCAAUAAUUUUAAAGUACUUUGGAUUUUUUAAGUUUUUAGGGAUGGAUGGGGACUAAGGACAGGAUUAUAUACUUCAAAACGUGUAUAGUUUUUGUUACUGUACUGUACUGUGUUCUCUCAUUUUGUGCCAAGUCCUUUGCAUGGGCUUAACAGGUACCUAAUGAGACGUGGAGGUCCGGAUGUAUGAAAAUUUCCUCUUUUCCCCUUUCCUUAUUGCCUUUGUGGGCAAUAGUUGUAGAAUAGAAGAUUUUUUUUUUUAACUCCACAUCCCCAGAAGGAUGGGGUAUGUACUUGUAUAUCUGUAUAUAAAUGUUUUUGCUCCUUUUUUCUGUUACUACAUUUUGUACCUAGACCUUUCUGUGGAUGUUUAGGUACAUAAUGAAAAUUGAGGUUCAUUCUAUGAAAAAUUAUCCCUUCUCCCCUUCCCUUAUUGCCCAUAUGGGCAAUGGCUAGUAGAGUAGUUGUUUAGUUGUGUUUUGUUUUUGUUUAUUGUUUUUUGUUUUUUGAUUUUUUGUCAGAGCUGGGGAAUUUCUGGGUUUACAUAUAUAUUUUUGAAUGUAUGUUAAAGUCUGCUAGUUUUCAUUUUUUUUUCACUCCCAACCCAGUUUUUUGUUUGGACUUGUAGGUAACAGAUAUAAUGAGAGGCUCAGACCCAGAGGUGUGAUGUAUCCUCCUUUUCUUCCCCUAUCACCUGUGUGUACAGGUAAUAGUAUCUAAGUACUGUAGGGCUUAUUUUUGUGUGUGUAUGUUUUGUUUGGGGGUUUUUAAUGGGGAAUGAGCUUAUUAGAAAAAAAGGCUAAGUAUAUAUAUUUUUAAUGUGUAAAUAUUUUUUCACCUUUUUGAAACUAGUUUCAUGUUGAAUCUGUCCUUUGCAUGACUAUUUAGGUACUUAAUGAACAUUGAGAUUGACUCUAUGAAAAAUCUCCCAUACACCCCAUCCCUCAUUGCCUAUUGGGCAAUGGUAGAAUAGAUGUUUGGUUUCUUUGUUGGGGGGAGUCUGGUUGUAUAUAUUUUUUAAUCUAUGUAAAUAUUUGCUGCAUUCUGUGUGUUAUUUCACAUUGUACCCAGACCUUUGCUGGGACUUGUAGAUACAUAAUUAAACAUGGAGGUCCAGAUGUAUGAUAACUCUCCUCUGCUCCCUUUCCCUUGUUGCCUAUAGAGGCAAUACUUUUAUUACUUGGGUUUGCUUUUUUGUGGGGUGGAUUUUUUGGGUGGGUUGUGGAUAGAGGAAAGGGAUGGGGUUUAUACUUUUUAAAACUGUAUAUAAGUAUUUCUGUGUUAUCAGUUGGGCCCUUUGUCCUUUGCAUGGAUACUUAGGUGCCUAAUGAAAAUCAAGGAUCAGUGUAUGACAACUCUCCCAUUCUCCCCUUCCCCUUACUGCCCAUGCAGGCCAUAGUCAAUAGGAUAGUUGUGUGUUAUCUACUUAGUUGUUUGUUUUGGAGGAAUUUUGGUAAGGGGAUAGUCUGAAUAAGUGUAGACAUGUUUUCAUUUCUUUGUUGUUUCAUUUUUUUAUUUAGUCCUUUGUAUGACUGUGUAAGGACCUAAUGAAAAUUAAGCUUCAUAAGAUAAUAGAGCACUUCUUUCUUUCCCACAUAUUUCCUCAUUUAGUGGUAGCUAGUAUAGUAUAGUUGUUUUGUGGUUAUUUUGCUUUAUUCUGUAGGAUACAUACCUUUAAGGAUGUAAAUACACACACACACACACACACACACGUAUGUGUGUGUGUGUGUGUAUAUGUGUGUCUAAUUUUUUCCCUUUUCCCCAUUAUUUCCCUUUUAUACUUAGUCCCUUGCAGGGCUCUGAAUAUACCUAACAAUAAGGCUUGAAGGUGUAGCAAUGUGGUGGUGUAACUAAUGCCAACAGGCAUGCAGCAAGUAAAAUGAGAAAGGACACUUGGAUGUGGUUGAGUAGCAGAAACUAAUCAGAUCCAGCAUUUCUUGUGUUGAUUACACUGAAUGAAAUGGUGAAAAGGAACCUGUACUUUUGUAAAUUUCAGAAAGGCAGAGGAUAGUACUAAGUAGAGGUGUGUUUAAGCUUCGUUGCUGAUUCAUCUUUCAGUAAGUGGCAAACCAUUGAAGCAGGUAAACCAAUAGCACCCCCUCCAACUCAUUUGAAGACCCUAAGAGUAGAUUACUUUUAAGGCCUGGAAUUAUGAUUUAUCUACAGAAAUCUUUUAUAGAUCAAUAUCAUGUUCUUACAUCCCCAUGAGGCAUUAUUUUGAUUGUUGGAAUGAAUAUUUUUGAGUCAUUGCCAUUGCUUUGGUGAAUGACAACAUAGGCCCAAAAACUAAUCCAAAAUAAGUUUUGGGGACAAGCUCUUUCCAUCUUUCAACACCUACAUGUGGCAGGGCAACUUGGCCCUUUGCUACCCAGAACUCUUUUGUGUGGCUGUAUCUUUCCUCAGUUCUCCUUAGGCUGGAUCAUCCCUGCUCUUUUUUUCUCUUUUGUCUUCAGUGUCUGCACUGUUAGAUAUUAUCUUCAAUUGCACUUAGAAAUUUAAGCUGGUGUUGCCUCAUUAGCUUUGUAUUUUUUGUGCAUUUCAUGCAUCCAGGCCUGUAUGUUUGCUUUCAGCAUUCUUAUAUCAUAUUUCACAUUGUCUCUUCAUGGUACGUGUUAUGACUGCACAAUUGUCUGCAUCAAAGAAAAUGCAUGUAUAAACCUCGUUCUGUUCAUUGCAGCAUCUUAGCAUUAUUUGUUUUGUUUUCACCUUUGUAAUGAUGCUGUUUCAUGCUGAAGAUUUGCCAUAUCAUUAUUUAAGAAACAUUGAGUGAUAGGACUCCUAGAAAAGUUGCAAGGACAUUUUAUUUACCAUAUGAAACUCUCAGGUUUUAGUGUUGAAAAAUUAGCCUAUACAUUGCUGUUACUUAUACCUGCUGCUGUAGGAAAAAUAAGAGUUUAUUCUUGACACAUUUAACUUUGAUCAUAAAUAAAAGAGAAAGGGGCACCUUUUUGCAGUUAGUCAUGGCAGUCAUUAGUGAUAUUUCUGAACAGUUCUUAAUUUGAAAUACUUCAAAGGAAGUAAAGGUCAUGGCUUAGCUGAAUGAAAUGCUCCAGAAGGUGAACUGUGUAACCACCAGUACGAUAAUACAUUUGUUUGUGUAUAUGGGUAUAAAAUGAGAAUUACAGCAUAAUUGGAGCAUUUUCAUUAAUCAACAAACUCAUAUUGAGACAAACCUUAGUCUUACAGCUGUCUUGAUUAAAGCCAAGUGUUCCACAUUGCUGUGAAGAGUAGGCUCUUUCAAAUACUUUGGAAAGUAAUUACUUGGAAACGUGUAAUGGUAUUACAUUUUUGUAUUUAAACACCUGUAGAGAGCUUCAGUUCCUUCAAUCUGAGCUUGUGGGUAAAAUUCUAAAUUUGUACCAUAAUAUGUAUUUUGUGGAAGAUUUUGAAAAUAGUAUAUAUAUAUAUAUAUAUGUAUAUGUAUAUAUACAUAUAUAUAUAAUAUUAUAUAUGCAAAUUAUGUUGUUUCACUUAUAAAGGGAAAAGGCUUAUUUUUCUUUAUACUUCUGAUAACUUGUUUUGCAUAUGACCAGCACUGAUUGAAAGGCAUGUUUAACUGCAAACACUGUUGCUUAUUUUUUUUUUCCUUUUGGGAAAUGAAAAUAAAAGUAUUUAAAUACA